UUGAUGUCCUAUUGUCUGCUCUGAUUUGUAUGCAUAUGGCUGUUAGCGAGACUGGCUUCCGUCCCAGUGCAGUCAGGCAGAGGGCCCGCUGACCCAUCGUGGAGCUGCUCGGAAAGACUACUGUUCGUGUAUUUACUGUAGGAUGUGCCUGGCCGUGCGCUCCUUCCGGUUGUUUCACUGCUGAGUUGUAAGGAGACCCCUGAAUGCUUCUAAGGUUGCUUCUCAGUUGGCACCCAGAGUUGUAAGAGUCCAUCCAGGACCUUCAAGUCAUGAUCUGAUGACUCCUGAAUUAACUGGGAAAACAAACAUAUCAAGUGCCAUUUGAAGAGUGUGUCUAUAUAUGUAAAACCUUUUCGCUACAUAUAAACUUUCCUUAAGAAGACACUCUGAACAUCAAGAGUUUUGCAACUGAUGAGAAUUAAGCAUCAAAUGGAGCAACCUUGUACUGUUGGCGUCAGGAGUCCGUGGAGAACAGUCCAUCACUAAAUGGCAGAUUUUCCUUACAGUGUUCACGAACAAAAGCAAGUUUGCAGAAGAAAAAUUUGCACGGAAUAAGCCUAAGGAACACCUCUCCAGUGUAGAGAAGGAACAGCCUUUAAACUGCAUUGAACCUCAGUGACUUACUGUGGAUGUAGCCGGAGCAAGGGGACAGAUCUGAAAAGGAACGGAUUCCUCAGUGUCUGUAGCUAUUUGAAAUUUUUUAUUUAUUAUCUUUUUUCUUUUCUGCAUACAUAUGCUAGUUGAGAACAUUAAUUGGAACUGUCAAUUACAAAAUAAAUAUCAAGAAAAGCCUUCCUUGUCUAAAGAUGUGAAUAGGCUUGGCUGUGAACGGGAAGAUAGCUUUUAGCAAACUCGGAGCUGGUCUUGGGGGAUGGUACAGCUUGCAGAACUCUGAAACACACCUGGGUGGAUGGCUUAAAGACUUGCACCUGUGAGGAAGAUUAUUUAAUGGACAUAAUUCUAAGAUUGCUUUUCUUCAUUAAGAUAGAAGAAUACAUGAUUUUUAUGAGUGAUAAAGCAGAGAAACUAGAGAAAGGAGAAACUGAAUCCUGCAGCCUGGCUCUGUGUAAGCCAGAAGUAGGGCCACGCUAAGGGAAAGACCUGGUCCAUUUAGAUAGCAGUUUGCUCGUGCUCGGACCUGCUGGCCUCCCCCUGCGGACGGAGGCAAGGGGCUUUGCUCCAGUCUCUAUGGCACUGAGGGUCAUUCCAGCCUGUGGACGAGUCAUCCUAGGGACACAGGGACAGCCUUUGAGACAGGAAGCUUCUGGCUGUGAACAGUGGGGGAAAGAGUGAUUCUCCUGUUAAAACUUUGACUGCUGUCUGCAUGAGCUCUGGUCUGACUCUGCACGUCAGUGUGCCUUUCCCCUUACGCAACCUUUUUCAGCUGUGCAGCAGAAACUUGCCUAGCUCAGAAAACGUGCCAGAGGGUGGCUUCAGAGGGAAGAUGGUCUUUUGUGAUCAUUCUCUGCAUUUGAACUGUUGAAUAGAGAGAUCCAGCUAGAGGAAUUCUUAUUGCCUUAAGUUACUUGAAAUCUGUGUGUUUGUAACCCUUUGUGUCUGGAAUCACAGUACAAAAAAACUGGAAUCUCAGGCUGAGAAUAAGGCUGAGUAACAGUGAGAGAACUGACUCUCCAUCCUCACUAACCAACGGCUCUUUCUCCAAAGGAGAACCUGAGACAAGGACGGACCCCGUGUGCUUUAGGCCUGGCCUUUCUUAGCCGACUGGCGUUGUCUUUGUGGAGGAGUUUUUCACUAUGCAUUUGUUGCAUCUUUAUAAGCUGUUGCCCUAAUCGGACUCUAGAUCAGUCGCAACUAAAGGAGAAAAAGCAAACCAACAGAACCCAACCACAAAAAUAAGCCAAUAAAAGAUCUUGGUUUGAAAUUCCUCAGUACUUUUAAAGUGAAAUCCUUCAUUGAGAAAAGUAUGUAUGCAGCAGUGGAACAUGGGCCUGUGCUUUGCAGCGAUUCCAACAUCCUCUGCUUGUCCUGGAAAGGGCGUGUCCCCAAGAGUGAGAAGGAGAAGCCUGUGUGCAGGAGGCGCUACUAUGAAGAAGGAUGGUUGGCCACAGGCAAUGGGCGAGGUGUGGUGGGGGUGACAUUCACCUCAAGUCACUGUCGCAGAGAUAGGAGUACGCCACAGAGAAUCAACUUCAACCUGAGAGGCCACAACAGUGAGGUUGUGUUGGUGAGAUGGAAUGAGCCAUACCAGAAACUGGCUACAUGUGACGCAGAUGGAGGAAUCUUUGUGUGGAUUCAGUAUGAAGGCAGGUGGUCUGUGGAACUGGUCAACGACCGUGGGGCUCAGGUGAGUGAUUUCACGUGGAGCCACGACGGCACGCAAGCUCUCAUUUCAUACCGAGAUGGGUUUGUCCUGGUUGGUUCUGUCAGUGGACAAAGACACUGGUCAUCUGAGAUCAACUUGGAGAGCCAGAUCACAUGUGGUAUAUGGACUCCCGAUGACCAGCAGGUAUUGUUUGGCACGGCCGACGGGCAGGUGAUCGUCAUGGACUGCCACGGCAGAAUGCUAGCCCACGUCCUCCUGCAUGAAUCUCAUGGCAUCCUCAGCAUGUCCUGGAAUUACCCCAUCUUCCUGGUGGAGGACAGCAGCGAGAGUGACACAGACUCGGAUGAUUACUCCCCUCCUCAAGAUGGGCCUGCGGCGUACCCCAUCCCUGUGCAGAACAUCAAGCCCCUGCUCACCGUCAGCUUCACCUCCGGAGACAUCAGCUUAAUGAACAACUAUGAUGACUUGUCUCCCACUGUCAUCCGUUCCGGGCUGAAAGAGGUGGUGGCCCAGUGGUGUACACAGGGAGACUUGCUGGCAGUUGCUGGGAUGGAGCAGCAGGCCCAGCUCAGUGAGCUGCCCAACGGCCCUCUUCUGAAGAGUGCCUUGGUCAAGUUCUACAAUGUUAGAGGGGAGCACAUUUUUACUCUGGACACACUUGUGCAGCGCCCCAUCAUCUCCAUCUGUUGGGGCCAUCGGGACUCCCGGCUGCUUAUGGCGUCCGGACCAGCGCUGUAUGUGGUUCGUGUGGAGCACCGCGUGUCCAGUCUCCAGCUGCUGUGCCAGCAGGCCAUCGCCAGCACCCUUCGAGAAGACAAGGACGUUAACAAGCUGACCUUGCCCCCUCGUCUCUGUUCCUACCUCUCCACUGCCUUCAUUCCCACUAUUAAGCCCCCGAUUCCAGACCCCAACAACAUGCGCGACUUUGUCAGCUACCCGUCAGCGGGCAAUGAACGACUGCACUGCACCAUGAAGCGCACAGAGGAUGACCCAGAGGUCGGGGGGCCCUGCUACACACUCUACUUGGAGUAUCUGGGAGGACUCGUGCCCAUUCUCAAGGGGAGGCGCAUCAGCAAACUGCGGCCGGAGUUUGUCAUUAUGGACCCUCGGACAGACAGCAGAUCAGAUGAGCUCUAUGGGAACAGCUUAAUUUCUACCGUGAUUGACAGCUGCAACUGCUCAGACUCAAGUGACAUUGAACUGAGUGAUGAUUGGGCCGCCAAGAAGUCCCCCAAAAUUUCCAGAGCUAGCAAAUCGCCCAAACUCCCAAGGAUCAGCAUUGAGGCCCGAAAGUCACCCAAGCUUCCACGGGCUGCCCAAGAGAUUUCUCGGUCACCCCGACUGCCCAUGCGCAAGCCCUCCAUGGGCUCGCCCAGCCUGACCCGGAGAGAGUUUCCCUUUGAAGACAUCACUCAGCACAACUAUCUUGCUCAGGUCACAUCCAAUAUCUGGGGAACCAAGUUUAAGAUUGUGGGCUUGGCUGCAUUCCUACCAACCAACCUCGGUGCAGUAAUCUAUAAAACCAGCCUGCUGCAUCUCCAGCCUCGGCAGAUGACCAUUUAUCUCCCAGAAGUUAGGAAGAUUUCCAUGGACUAUAUUAAUCUGCCUGUCUUCAACCCAAACGUUUUCAGUGAAGAUGAAGAUGACUUACCAGUUACAGGAGCAUCUGGUGUCCCUGAAAACAGCCCGCCCUGUACGGUAAACAUCCCCAUUGCACCAAUCCACAGCUCUGCUCAAGCUCUGUCUCCCACGCAGAGCAUAGGGCUGGUGCAGUCCCUGCUGGCCAAUCAAAACGUGCAGUUGGAUGUGUUGACCAAUCAGACAACAGCGGUAGGGUCAGUAGAGCAUGCAGGUGAUGCUGCUACCCCGUACCCAGUCUCCAGCCGGUACUCCAGUCCUGGACAGGUGAUUUUUGGAGGUGUAGAAAUGGGCCGCAUCAUUCAGAAUCCUCCUCAAUUGCCUUUGCCACCACCGCCACCACAGGCACCUCUACAGCUGUCUGCAGUGGACCAUGGAGACCGGGACCAUGAGCACCUGCAGAAGUCGGCCAAGGCCCUGCGGCCAGUGCCUCAGCUGGCUGCCGAGGGGGACGCAGUGGUUUUCAGUGCCCCUCAGGAGGUCCAGAUGGCGAAGAUGAAUCCCCCACCCCCAUACCCAGGAACUAUCCCUGCUGCCCCCACCACGGCUGCACCCCCACCCCCCCUGCCGCCACCGCAGCCGCCAGUGGAUGUGUGUUUGAAGAAGGGUGACUUCUCACUGUAUCCUACAGCCGCACACUACCAGCCUCCGCUAGGCUACGAGAGGAUUACCACCUUUGACAGCAGUGGCAAUGUGGAGGAGGUGUGCCGGCCUCGCACUCGGAUGCUCUGUGCCCAGAAUACCUACACUCUCCCCGGCCCAGGCAGUUCUGCCACCUUGAGACUCACAGCCACUGAGAAGAAGGUCCCUCAACCCUGCACCAGUGCCACUCUGAACCGCCUAACUGUCCCUCGAUACUCCAUCCCCACAGGGGACCCACCCCCAUACCCUGAAGUCGCCAGCCAGCUGGCCCAGGGCCGGAGUGCUGCUCACAGGCUGGACACCAGUCUCAUCCACGCCACCCUGCGAAGGAACAACCGAGAGGUUGCACUUAAGAUGGCCCAGCUGGCUGACAGCUCCCGUGCCCCGCUGCAGCCCCCAGCCAAGCCUAAGGGGGGCGCUGGUGGGGCAGUGGCGCAGCUCCCAGCACGGCCUCCACCUGCCCUCUACACCUGCAGCCAGUGCAGUGGCGCAGGGCCCAGCCCGCAGGCAGGGGCAGCCCUGGCCCAUGCCCUCAGCACCUCUCCGCUGGCCUCCCAGUCCUCCUACAACCUUCUAAGCCCUCCUGACUCCUCCCGUGAUCGCACUGACUAUGUCAACUCAGCCUUCACAGAGGAUGAGGCCCUGUCUCAGCACUGUCAGCUCGAGAAGCCUCUGAGGCACCCCCCACUUCCUGAAGCUGCUGUCACCAUGAAGCGGCCUCCCCCUUACCAGUGGGACCCUGUGCUGGGUGAGGACGUUUGGGUUCCCCAGGAAAGGACAGCACAACCUACAGUGCCCAACCCCUUAAAACUGUCCCCGCUCAUGCUAGGGCAAGGCCAGCACCUGGAGGUGGCUCGGAUGCCCUUUGUGUCUCCCAAGUCUCCGUCCAGCCCCACUGCCACCUUUCAGACAGGCUAUGGGAUGGGAGUGCCAUAUCCAGGCAGCUAUAGCAACCCCUCUGUGCCUGGAGUACAAGCGCCAUGUCCCCCUAAGGAUGCCCUGUCCCCGGCCCAGUUUGCACAACAGGAGCCUGCUGUGGUACUGCAGCCAGCGUACCCACCCAGCCUCUCCUACUGCACCUUGCCCCCCACAUAUCCAGGAAGCAGCACCUGCUCCAGUUUACAGCUGCCACCCAUCGCCUUGCACCCGUGGAACUCCUACAGCACCUGCCCACCCAUGCAGAGUGCCCAGGGCACCCUCCCCACCAAGCCCCACUUAGUGGUGGAGAAACCUCUUGUGUCCCCUCCUCCUGCUGAGCUCCAAAGCCACAUGGGCACAGAGGUGAUGGUAGAGACUGCAGAUAAUUUCCAGGAAGUCCUCUCUCUGACAGAAAGCCCUGUACCCCAGAGAACAGAAAAAUUUGGAAAGAAGAACCGGAAGCGCCUGGAUAGCCGAGCGGAGGAAGGAAAUGUUCAGGCCAUCACUGAGGGCAAAGUAAAAAAGGAUGCUAGGACUCUGAGUGACUUUAAUUCUCUCAUCUCCAGCCCCCGCCUAGGGCGAGAGAAGAAGAAAGCAAAAAGUCAGAAGGAGCAGCUGAAGUCCAAGAAGCUGAACAAGACAAACGAGUUCCAGGACAGCUCCGAGAGCGAGCCGGAGCUGUUCAUCAGCGGGGACGAGCUGAUGAACCAAAGCCAGGGCAGCAAGAAGGGCUGGAAAAGCAAGAGGAGCCUGCGGGCCGCCAGCGAGCUGGAGGAAUUCAAGUGCCGCAAAGCCAGUGAGAAGGAGGACGGGCGGCUGGGCAGCCAGGGCUUUGUGUACGUCAUGGCCAACAAGCAGCCUCUGUGGAAUGAGGCCACGCAGGUGUACCAGCUGGACUUCGGAGGACGGGUGACCCAGGAGUCUGCCAAGAACUUCCAGAUCGAGCUGGAGGGACGACAGGUGAUGCAGUUUGGACGGAUUGACGGUAACGCAUACAUCCUAGACUUCCAGUACCCCUUCUCAGCUGUGCAGGCUUUUGCUGUUGCCCUGGCCAAUGUGACUCAGCGCCUAAAAUGAAGAGGCAGAUGCAGGAGACAUGGCUGGAAGGAGCCUUUGGAGCAGAGCUCAUGCUGCUAGUACCUGAGAAGACCAGAGACCACGGUGGAGAGGAAGCCAGCAGGCAGGAGAGUGCUGAUCUGUGGGCGUGGUCCUUUGUUCCGUUAGCCCGCAUUGUCUCUUUGCUUUUGAUAGAGUGGUGUUUGGAAGCCAAGAAUUUGAGGUAUCUUGUGUUCUUGAAGGCAGUGUUGCUUGGCUGCAGAGUGUUGUGCUGAAUUUACUUCUCAUGCCUAGGAUUAAGGGCCUUUGCAAAGAAGAUAGAUUGCUCUUCUUUUAAAAUAGGGCGUGUCAGUGUUCAGUCUUCAUGUCGUCUGGCCUCUGUCACUCUUCCAGCAUUAUCACUAGUGAAAAAAAAUUUUUUAAACACAACCAAAACUGUGGAGGAUUGAGCUUAUACUGGGUUGGGGAGGACAGCAUGUCAUUCAGAGAUGCGUGCUGCUCACUAAAAGGUACCUGGAAGAAUGCAAUUGCCUUGCUCCCUGCUCUUGUGAGCCCCAGGGGAUGGGAGCUGUCUCCAGUGUCCGUGUGAUCUGAUAGGCAGUGUGUGAGGGAAGGGGCUGCCCAUGGAGACAGGCUCACAAGCAGGCACCUGGAUGAGCUGCUAGUGUGGCUUAUGCAAGGGUUAUUUCUCCAGGAUACUAGGUGGAAACCCCACUGGCUUCUUGUGUCAGAAUUAAUCCCAUCCAGUUUUGGAAGAAGGUAAGAGACUUGAGUCAGUGGGCCGCUCGAGGCUGGGGUCCAGCGGGCUUACAUCACAGUCAUUAGACCCUCCCUCCACUUGUCAAGAAACAGCCUUUGUCCUCCUUACCCCUUUGUUUUAGUCGGGAACAUUUUACUGUCGACAUCUUUCUCUUUAGAUCCUAUUGCUCUGUCUUUUCUAAAACAUGAAUGAGACUUAUUUGCAGCUACACCUUUCCUUCCCUUCUUCACAUUAAAAUUCAGUUGAUUUGAAUGCUUUCCAACAGUAAUAAGUGUAAUGAAAAGAUAGGGUCAUGGUCAGAUCCUUGGGGAGAACUCCACAAACUGCUGUAAGGGAAAAAAGGACUGCUGAUGGGCGUUGGGCUGCACUGAAAGACUGCCCAGGGAAAGCCGCCUUAUGAUGUCCCUGCUUUAUUCAUUCUGCCUGCAGCAUCUCCGAGACAUUUCUUCUCGUGGGACACACCCAGGCAAAUAGCCAGACCUGGUGGUCAGACCCAGUUCUUGCUGUUGCUGGUACCUGUGAUGCUUAUUCCCAGAGCACAAGAGCUUUGACUUUUGAGUUGGGUUUUAUUUUAAAGCUGACAAGUGAAAGAUGCCAAGGAAAUUCUUUUUGGCUUAAACAUUAUUUUGGUUUCCUCCCCCUCCUCCUCUUCUUCCUUCUCUUCUUCCUCCUCCUCUUUGUUUUUAGUUUAAGAAUUAGAAAAGAAACUGUCUGAUUCCUUUAACUGAGCAAAAUUAAAUUACUCGUCAUUUUUUUCUAGAUUCCAAAGAAAUAUGGGCAAGAACAUCUCCCAACUGAUACUGGACUUUUCCAUUUUAUAAUUUAGACUAUGGGAGCUGAUUCUUAGGCGGAUCAGUUGUCCCAGAAGGAGUUGAACAGAUAUUCAGAGUUACUGUGUUUACGUAAACUCCUGUAGCUUGAUAAGGUGUCUCAGUGCUUAUCACUAGUCGUGCAAUACUGUUGUAGCCUCUCUGUUUAUGGAAUAAUUUAAAUGCAAUUUCCUUUGUUUUGUCUGAGAGAUAGUUAUUUAUCUUGCUCUUUAUAAUAGUAUUCUUGGGAACUAUUUUGUUACUAUGUAUUGGUGGUUUAUGCCAAUUUUAUUAUUUAUUUAGAAAAAUAGUACCAUUGUAAUUAAUGUCUUGUUUGGUGGCAAUAUAUUUUGCUGCAAAAAAUAAAGAGAAUAUGACAGAAGGCUUUUUUUUUUUUUUUUGGGCUGGGUGCUUUGUAACUUUCUUGAGAGUUGGGAGAAAAAUCGUAUUAAUCCCCUAAAAAAAUAAAUUUACUUUUUAUGUCAGUAUUGAUUAUAUGCAAAAUAGACUAUUCCUUUGAGAUAGCCUACUCCUAAGGUAGUAUUUCUUAUUUUGAAAAUGUUAGUUAAAAAUAAAAUGUGAUAAGACGCAGGGAAGGGCAAGAUGUCUGAGAUAAGAGUCUCAAAAGAGUUCCUUAGUAAAUUAUUUUGAAGUUUUAGGUUUUGUUUGUUUUUUAGUUAAAACUGGCCUUUUCAAAAAUGCAAAAGUUAUACUUACAACUUUGCAAAAUAAGAACGAAUAUGGAGGAAAUCCCUAAAAGAUACUUUCUGUCCUUGGAUGGGGCUUCUGGCCUUGAAGGUGCUUGACCUGGGAGCUGCAGGAACACCUGCCACUCACGAGACUCCUCCCCCAGGCGCAAGGUGAGUCUCAGGUUCACUGGGCAGUGGGCUGCUGGCUGCAGCAGUUGUGACAUUGUAGCAUUUAAGGUAAUGUCUUCUUCCAGUAAACAUCACUUGAUUAAAUUCUCUUCAAAUUCAGACUUUAAGUACAGAAUUCUAGGUAUUUCAUGGUUAUUAAUAGCAAUUUGUUAAUGUCCCAAUGUCUCAUGGGAUACCUAAAUUAAAAACAGUCAUCUACAUAGAGAUUUGUAGGGAAAGAGUAUAUUAACCAACAUGAAAACUAGUGUUAGAUUUAUUUGGCUCUGGUAUCAUCAAAACAAAAGUUGUGAGUGACUAUACACUACGCAUUUGAAUGGAUAGCCCGAGAAAAACUGGGACCACCACAGCUAGAAACACUCAGCUCCAGUGGACAUACAGAGCAAAAGCUUUGGCAUGUUGGUACUUUGCAGCCAGACUGCACUCUGGGUAAUGUUCAUUCUGUAAUCAGAGGUGAUUGCCACUGGGAGAGAGUGACUUUGAGCAAACCCCGGGGCUGUCUGGCCUCCUUUUGUCCACCUCUUAAAUGAAAAGACGUGCCUGGACAAGCGCAGACAGACGCUCUUGCUCUAGCAGCCCGAGAGCUCAGGAUCCAGCAGCUGCCUUCCCCUUCACAGGGGGGCCGGUAUAGAAAAAGGGUUUCAUGAGUCCUGGACAGAAACCAGCAGGUCACCCCUGAAUGUGUGUAGAAUGCUUAUGCUACUAAAAAGUAUGGCAGCAUCAAACCCAAGUACAGUGGAAGGCCCUUAGGAGUGUGCUCUACUCCGGCGGCAUCCUCAAGGAAAACAAGGCACUAUGUGGAUGUAAAACUGGGCGGGGGUUCAGCAAGGAGAGUGCAGGUAUAGGCUUGCUGCCUUUGGUGUGGUACACUAAAGGGGACCCUUGCUGUCCUGUGGGCUGUGGGCAGGUUGACAUUAGCUGGGUGUGAACUGUCAUUUGAGAUCCUAGGAGUUUAUGAUAGCAUAGAGUUCAGAAGUCUGCACCUCUGUGUGUCUCCUGGUCUCUGGCUGAUAAACUCCAGAGGACUGUGACUUUGUUUCCGUUUUCUGCAGCUUUGUGCUGUUAUCUUGUGGCUUUGUAUCUGUAUUUUCUGUUUACAGGUCAAUUUUAAGGGGAAGGGUAGGAUGUUAAGAUCUUGUUUAUUGUAGAUAAUUUUUUUCUUGUGUUAUAGAAAAGCAUGGUUAUACAUUUGAGUGAAAAGGGCACUGUAUUAUUUACCAAAGGUGUAUUGUUUGCAUUUGUUUAUAAAUGCAUUAUUUUAGUACUGUAAAUUUGGGCAUAAUUUCCAAGUUUACUACUAUUGCUUCUGCUGGCAUCUGUCUUGCUCCUUCUCUGUCAUCUUUUUAUCCCCAUAAAUGUGCAACAUGGGGUGCACAGGUCACAGACCAAACAAGACCACCAGCAUGUUCUUGUCCACACUUUGGGAACAGCGUGCACUGUUUCGUAUACAUCGGUCCCUCCAGUGUUGUUGGUGUUGUUUUAAUUUCCUUUUAAAAUUCAGCCUUUUGCUUUAACCUUCCAGACAAGAUCUGUUGAGAGUCACCAUUGCAUCUCAAUGAGCUCUCCCUUGCCUAUCUUUGUAUGCAUUUUGUAUACUAGAUUGUCCAGGAAGUAUUCUAGAAGGGAUUAAUGGUUUGCAUUCAAAACGAUGUAGUUUGUCCAAAUCAUUUUGCCUUUAAAAUUGAAAUAGGUUAAUCUCAUUUUUUCUUGAUGAUUUGAAAUUGUAAGAUUUGUCUAGCUAUUGCUUAAUAAAAUUUUGCAGAUCAAAAAAGA